GUGCAUACAGCUUUUCUGUAUUAUCUUUACAGCCCGCAUAGGGUUGUAACAUAACAAUAGAACAGUAGAUGGCGACAAAAUACUCAUCUUCUGUGUUAAAAAGAAAGCUAGCAACGUUAGCUUGAAGAGCUGCGACGUACAGUUUUUUUCUACUAAUUUGGAAACUUAUAAACAGGUACGCUGGAAUUUUCUGACACUCACUCGGACAUGUCCUAUGUCUUCAUCAAUGACUCGUCGCAGACCAGCGUGCCUCUGCUGCAGGCCUGCAUCGACGGCGACCUCCCGUUCGCCAAGAGGCUCCUGGAGACCGGCUGCGACCCCAACAUCCGCGACAACCGCGGCCGCACCGGCCUCCACCUGGCCGCCGCCCGCGGCAACGUGGAGAUAUGCCGCCUGCUGCACAAGUUCGGCGCCGACCUGCUGGCGACGGACUACCAAGGGAACACGGCGUUGCACUUGUGCGGCCACGUGGACACCAUACAGUUCCUGGUGUCCAACGGGUUAAAGAUCGAUAUCUGUAACCACAAUGGCUCGACUCCGCUGGUGCUGGCCAAAAGACGGGGCGUCAACAAGGACGCCAUUCGCCUGCUGGAGGGCCUGGAGGAACAGGAAGUGAAAGGCUUCAACAGAGGGGCUCACUCCAAACUGGAGACCAUGCAGAUGGCCGACAGUGAGAGCGCGAUGGAGAGCCACUCUCUGCUCAACCCCAACCUGCAGAGCAGCGAGGGCGUCCUGUCCAGCUUCCGCACCACCUGGCAGGAGUUUGUGGAGGACCUGGGCUUCUGGAGGGUCCUGCUGCUGCUGGUGGUCAUCGCCCUCCUGUCCCUCGGCAUCGCCUACUACGUCAGCGGGGUGCUGCCUUUCUCCAGCAGCCAGCUGGAGUUGGUUCACUGAGGAGGAGGAAGGGAGGGAAAGGAACAGCAUGGAGGGAGGAAGGUCGAAAAGUUGAGUCAAAGUUCUGCUCAAACAAA